AUGGCCAAUCCCCCCUUCCUGCUCACGCUCGCCGCCGCCCUCCUGCUCCUCCCGGCGGCGCCGGCCAGCGCCGCCGCCGCGCCCGCGCUCUUCGACAUCGUCAAGAUCCUGUCCUGCUUCCCCGAGUUCAGCGACUUCACCUGCAUGCUAGUCGACACGGGAGUGGCCCGCUCCAUCAACGCCCAGAAGAAGGUCACCGUGCUCGCCGCCAGCAACGCCGGCCUCCCCACCGCCGCCCUCCGCCGCCUCCCGCACCCGCUCCUCGGCGACCUCCUCUCGCUCCACGUCGUCCUCGACUACCUCGACCCGGAGAAGCUCGACGCGCUGCGGCUUGGGCGCACGGGCAAGGGCUCCAAGGUCACCACGCUGCUGCCGGGAGACGAGCUGAAGCUCCUCCGCGUCGCUGGCGGCGAGAAGGGCCGCAUCACCUUCUCCUACGCCGGGCCCAUCGGGACCGGGCCGCAGCCGCUGAAUGCGACGCUCCUCAGGGUCGUCACCUCGCAGGCGUUCAACGUCAUGGUGCUCCAGGUGAGCGGCCUCGUCCUCCCGGGGAUGAUGCCCGCCACGACCGCCUCCGCAUUCGACGUAACCAAGAUCCUCUCCUCCUUCCCGGAGUACAGCGCCUUCAGCUCCCUACUCACCCAGACCGGGCUUGCGCGCGCCAUCAACGAGCACCCCAUUGUCACCAUCCUCGCCGUCAACAACACCGCUCUCUCCAACGAGCUCCAAGGCCUGCCGCGCCUCCCUCUGCCGGCGCUCGCCGACCUGCUCGCGCUCCACGCAGUCCUCGACUUCCUCGACCCGGAGAGGCUCGACGCGCUGCGCCAGGGCCGAACGGGCGACGGAUCGAUCGUCACGACGAUGCUCCAGGGGACCGGAGCCGGCGCGCGGGGCCGCGGCGUCGGGUUCGUCCGCGUGUCCGGAGGCGACACCGGCCGCAUCACGUUCUCCUCUGGCGCGCCGGGCGGGGGCGCGCGACGCAACUCCACGCUCGUCAAGGUCGUCACCUCGCAGGCGUUCAGCGUGCUGGUGCUCCAGGUGAGCGACCUCAUCCUCCCGCCUGGCCUCGCCGUCGCGCCCGCACCCGGACCGCAGAGGCCGAGGGCUAGGCACAUGUCGCUGCCUCCCACCCCGGCGCCAGCGCCGAUGCAGCAGGUCCCGUCCCCGGGCAUGCCGGAGCCUGAACCGGAAGUGCCGGACACCACGCCGCCACCAUCGACGGUCAUCCCGAUACCAAGUGUGCACGGCGGCGUGGCGGCCAAGAUACCAGAAGCCGCGGCCGGACGCGGAGCGGUGGGGAGCUGGUGGAGCGGUGCCGGUGCGGCGUUGGGGAUCAUGGCCUGCCUGCUUGGGCGUUUGUAA